AUGUUGAGACGUUUUUCAAAAAAGCGUAAUUCAUCGCAAAGUUCCGAAUAUUCAAAUUCAAAAUCGGAAAGCAAAAAACUAUUGAACAAGUUUUUGGAUUUUAUAACUUCCUCAAUUUGGUCAAUUCCAAUUGCAUCUUUCAUUGAGCAACAAAGCAUAGGUUGGUUUUAAAAGCAAGUUUGGUUUUGAGAUGUUUCAAAUCACAAUUUCUUCAGUCUUUGAUCGUCAACAAAUGGAAAUUGAAGUCUAUGAGCAAAUUCAUAAAGAAUAUUCAUCAUUGAUUGACACUUUGGUAAUUCAACAAAAUUAACAUCCAUUCCCAAUAAUCAAAAAAAUUUUCAGAUCGAAUGUUUCUGUGAAGACGUGUCGACUUCCACAGAAAAUUUGACAGAAGCCCUAAAAUUGUUGGAUCAGAAAAAUCUAAGUCUUCGUCAAAGAGUAAGUAUCAGAGAGAUCUUCAUUUACAGAAAAUAA